CAUCAAGAGGUCGUUGAUGCGAGUGAGCUUGACGCCAUGGUCGAUUGCUCAGACCUAGGUGACAUCUCCAAGUGGAGGCCACCUCUGCCGUGCUUCUUGGCUUGCAUCACCUGGGAGCUGACAGGCGUCUAUCUUCAUUGAUAUUCUGCGUGACACUGCAGCGCGUUUGCCGUCUUACCAGCGGUGCGAUUGAAACGCCGCAGCUGGCUGCGGAGGUUUGUGCCAGCAUAGUAGUGGCCGCUCGCUCUGUCAGUUCUUGAACAGCAGCUCCAAUACAGCAUUAGUCAGGCUCGCGAUCGAAUUCAGAGUUUCAAGUGGUACGAUAGGCUUUUUUUCGCUCUUCGCUGUCCCUUUUACGCGGCUAGACUCGCUGCGACACAGCUAAAGGACACGAAAUGGGUCGUGGGUCGGAUAAUAAUAGUUUCGCCGUGCGAAUUUCAUCGCUACUAGUAUCCCUCGCGCUGAUCGGCCUGCAUCCAAGAUUCGUUCUCUCUGCUACGGAUCCAGCUCACGUGGCGGUCCUGCGGCAGGUGGCGGGCGCGGUGGGACGGCCAGACGAGCCGCCGUUCAACGCGUGGGCGGGCGACGAUCCGUGCGGCCCGGACGCGCAGAGCGCGUGGCCGGGGGUGCGGUGCGACGCGGGCAACCCGUUCAAUGCGGUGGCUGAGAUCGACCUGCAGGACGCGCGCCUCACGGGCGACCUGCCCGCUGCCCUGUUCGGCAUCACGUCGCUGCGCUCGCUCAAUCUAGCGCUCAACCCGAAGCUCACGGGCAGCAUCCCCAACACCCUUGGUAACCUCGCCAGGCUCACUCUGCUCGACGUGCACGGGUGCAGUCUGACGGGGUCCAUCCCGUCCACGGUGGGGCGGCUGACGGGCCUGCGGUUCUUCCUGGCCAACCAGAACCAGCUGUCGGGGUCCAUCCCCGCGCAGCUGGGGUGGCUGCCGCAGCUGUACAUGUUGGACGUCAUCGACAACCGCCUCCACGGCACCGUGCCCCCGUUCCCUGGGGCCAGCGAGCUCGUGCACCUCCACAUGAGUCGCAACCUGCUGACGGCGGUGCCGGCGUACAUCAGCCAGCUCCCGAAGCUCGAGCACCUGCUGGUGGACAGCAACCGCCUCACCCACAACAUACCACUCGCUUUCAACAACACCAACCUCACUGUCAUCUACUGGAGCCACAACGUGCUGCCCAGCCUGCCCUCGCCAUGGUUCCUCCCCAAGCUCAAGGACUUGCACUGUGGUGUUGUCCUUGCCAGCAACUGCUCGUUACCAUCCCAGCCACUGCCAUCCUUUCCGCUCUCCGCUAAUCUCUCCAAUCUGGACUUGAGCAGCAACAAAUUCUCCGACGCCAUUCCCGCCACGCUCUUCCACCAGAACCCCCACCUCAUCAACCUCAACCUGGCCAACAACUCUCUCAGCGCCGGCCUUCCUCAGGCGAUCACCACCGCCUCCAAGUUGCAAUCCCUGUUCCUAGCGGACAACCAGCUGGUGGGCCCGCUGCCCGACAUGUCGGUGCUGCCCGCCAUCAUCGCGCUCUCGCUGUACGACAACGACUUCUCCCUCGUGCCGCCCGCUCUGCUGCUGAGGCCCAACGUCACGCUGCAGCUGUACGGCAACGACCUGUGCAAGCCGUUCCGCGCGGAGAUCCAGCAGCAGUGCUCGCCGCCCGCGCCCCUCACGCAGUACACGGCGCCCGCCUUCUGCCCCUCACUCGCCUGCACCGGCGACCUCUUCCGCCCCAGCGCGCCGCUCUUCCUCGCGUCGCAGUCGUGCGUGUGCGUGUCGCCGCUGCGCGCCGAGCUGGGCCUCUACCUGUCGGACCUGGUUGUGUUCAACGGCGCCCUCGUGCGGCAGCUGGAGGACCGCCUCUUUGCCGAGCUCUCGGGCAGCAAGGCCAGCAUCAACCUCACGCGCGCGCAGGUGCAGGUGACGGCCAUCAGCAGCCGCUCGUCGCUGACGUCGCUGGCGUCCACGUUUGCGUCGGACCACACGACGCACGAGUCGACGCUCGUCAUCACGGCGCUCUUCUUCCCUCCCGCGGACGACGGCUCGUGGCAGCCCAGCGACACGCCACGCGCCAUCAGAGGCGCGCUGAGCACACGCGACCAGCGGGUGCGCACCAGCCUCGAAGAAUUCGGGUCGUACCGCGUGGAGGGCUUCUACGGGCCCGCGCCCUACACCCCUCCUGAGAAGGCGUCGUCUGGGGUGAGCACGGGCGCCAUCGUGGCCAUCGCGGUGUGCUCCAGUGCGGUGGCCGUGGCGCUCAUCGUGGCGCUGCUCAUGCGCCCCUGGGAGAAGCGAGGGUGGAGCGUGGCGGACUACGAGGCGCUGGAGGGCAUCAACAUCCAGCACGCGCGGCGCUACUCGCUCAAGCAGCUCGAGGACGCCACCAACGGCUUCGACGACCAGCUCGUGCUGGGGGAGGGCGGAUACGGCAAGGUGUACCACGGCGUGCUGGGCGGCGAACCGGUGGCGGUGAAGAAGGCGACGGAGCGGCGGCGGCACGGCGGGGUGGACUUCAAGAACGAGAUUGAGAUGCUCACGGCCGUGGCGCACGGCAACCUCGUCAAGCUCACCGGCUUCUGCGUGGAGAAGGACGAGCAGCUGCUCGUCUUCGAGUUCAUGGAAGGGGGGGCGCUGGACGCGUGGAUCAAAGGCAAGAUGGAUCGCAUGCUGACGUGGCGGGAGAGGAUGCGCAUCGCCUUGCAUGCAGCGAGCGCGCUGCACUACCUGCACCGCGAGAUGAAGCCCGCCAUCAUCCACCGCGACAUCAAGCCGGCCAACAUCCUGCUGACAGCAGGGCUGGAGGCGAAGGUGGCGGACUUUGGCAUUUCCAAGUCGCUGCCGGAGCGCGGCGAGGUGGUGCAGGAGGAGAUCAUGGGCAGCCGGGGCUACAUCGACCCGCACUUCCAGCACUCGGAGGUGCUGACGGAGCGCAGUGACGUGUACAGCUUCGGCGUGGUGCUGCUGCAGCUCGCCACGGGCCAGCCUGCGCUCAUCCACGGCGUGCCGCUCAGCCAGGUCGCGCUGCACCUCGCCUUCGGGGCGGGCGGCCUCACCUCCGUCAUCGACCCCCGCUUGCGCGACGUGCUUGUGGCCACGACCGCGGGGGCCGCCACGGCUGGUGCUGGUGGUGGGGGUGUGUAUCUUGCCGGGCCUGCAGACGGGAGUGUGAGUGCGGGCGAGAUGGUGGAGGGGCUGGAGGACACCUUUGGCACGUUCCUGCGCGUCGCGCUGUGGUGCACGGCGGAGCACCCGUCGCUGCGCCCCGACAUGGAGCAGGUGGUGUGCGCGCUGCGCAGCAUCCGCGACCAGCUCACAGCCGGCCCCUCAGACGCUGCUGCCGGCAGCAUACAUGCGAGCUCCAGCGGCUUUGCAACGCCCUCAUCGGGGCACGGUGGCCUGCCCCCCUUCGACGCGAGCUCCUUGAGCAGCCCCAGCAGCACGCAGCAGCACAGCAUGAGCGGCGCUCACGCCGUGGCCUACUCACAGCAAGCAGCGCAGCCGCAUUGUCCCGCACUCGAGGCGGACACCUUGGGUCCCCUGUGGGGCCCUGCACCCGCCAUGGGAGUGCACCCCCCAUCCAGCUCCGGCCAGGGGGCUGCGGAGAGGGAGGGGGGGUACGAUGGAGGCUUGUAUCGAGCAGCUGACACGGCAACAGACGGACAAGGGCAAACACAGACAAUGACAGGGCCGCGUGCCCGGUAAAGUAGAGGCGAUUGAGCAUGAGAAGGAACAAUAAGCUCCUGGUAGAGUGGGAGCUGGGAGGUGGAAUAAUAAGCAUGGUGGAUUCAUGCGAUGGAGUGACACUAGUUUCUCCUCCACUGCUGCAUCCUCCUCUUGUACCCGUGGCAUGGUCGGUUUGGUCUUGGUAUGUCCUUUCCUAUUCAACUUCCACCCACGUCUUUUAUUUUCCUAAUUCCAAGUAUACUUUCUCCUAAAUCCAUAAAAAUGUAGAAAAUCA